GCUCCUGUGGAGAUGGGCCCUGACGAAACAGCCUUGAAGUCGCGAAUUCUCAAAGCUAAGUUCGCAGUCUCUGAAUUUAAGUAAAGAAAGCGCGCUUUCACCAAUCUCGUAGUUUCUUAAAUAAUCCAUUUUUGCCAUAGAUUCCAAUCAUAUGUUUUGUUUUCAAACAUCUUCUAAUCAAGUUCUCACCUUCUAACAGUGUUGGUGAGGUGUGACUUGUGAGAGUUUCAAGUUUGAUACGUAUCUUGAGAGAUGAGGAAUCUUGGGUUUGUUGAAAUAACUCUGCUUUGUUCUUUCUUUGUCUCUUUUCGGAUAGAUUCUGUCUCCUCUCUAAACUCAGAUGGUUUGGUUUUACUUUCGCUUCUCAACCACGUUGACAAAAUCCCACCUCAAGUCAACUCGACGUGGACAUCUGAAACCACUCCGUGUAAUAACUGGUUUGGUGUCUUUUGCGAUGAUUUAGGUAAAGUGGACACUCUUAAUUUGAGUAAGGUUGGGUUUUCAGGCCAAUUAGGUCCUGAGAUUGGGGAGCUUAAGAGCUUGGUGACUCUGGAUCUGAGUGCCAACACUUUGUCUGGUCCAUUGCCUUCCAGUUUAGGAAACUGUACUUCACUUCUCUAUUUAGAUUUGUCUGAAAAUGGGUUUUCAGGAGAGAUUCCAGAUAUUUUUAGUAGCUUGAAGAACUUAAAGUUUGUGCAUCUCACCUCAAACUUCUUCAUCGGUGGGUUGCCUCAGACCUUGUUUCAGCUUCCCUUGUUACGAGUGCUGAAUCUUGAAAGCAACAAUCUUAGCGGUCUGAUUCCUGCAAGUGUUGGUGGGUUGAAGGAGCUUGUGGAUCUAACUUUGUCUCAGAAUGACUUGUCUGGUUCCAUCCCUGAGUCGAUUGGGAACUGCAGUAAGCUGGAAUAUCUGGUCUUGAGCGAGAACAAGCUAAAUGGUUCGCUGCCUGAAAGUCUCAACCUACUCGAGAAUCUCCACGACCUGUUUCUCAGUAGUAACAGACUUGCAGGGAGACUUCGUUUCGGCUCAAGCAACUGUAAGAAGCUGGUGACUUUAGACAUGUCCUACAAUGAUUUCGAAGGUGGUGGUGUUCCUCCUGAAGUUGGCAACUGCAGUAACCUUGAGCUUUUAUUCAUCAACAAAUGUAACUUGAUAGGUAACAUUCCAUCAUCCUUGGGUAUGUUAAAAAAGGUUAGGCGUAUUAGCCUCAGCGACAAUCUUCUCUCUGGGAAUAUCCCUGAUGAGCUAGGGAACUGCAGCAGCUUAGAAACCUUGACGUUGGGCCGAAACCAGCUCCAAGGCGAGAUACCCUCUACAUUGGGUAAGCUAAAGAAGCUAAAAUGGCUGGAGCUUUACGAUAAUAAUCUCUCCGGUGAGAUUCCUAUUGGCGUAUGGAAGAUUCAGAGCCUGACACAGAUUAUCGUUUAUAGCAAUACUCUCACCGGAGAACUACCAGUUGAAGUUACUGAGCUAAAGCAUCUUGAGAGGCUUAUGAUGUUUGACAACAGAUUUCAUGGAGCGAUACCCAUGGGUUUAGGCGUGAAUAGAAGCAUAGUGGAUGUGGAUCUUGUUGGUAACGGUUUUACAGGGGAGAUACCUCCCAAUCUUUGCCAUGGACACAAGUUGAGGUUUUUCAACUUGGGCUCUAAUCAGCUUCACGGUAAGAUACCACCCUCUGUUGGUCGCUGUAAGACCGUCAAGAGAAUUAUCCUAGGAGGAAACAAGCUUUCCGGUGUACUUCCGGAGUUUCUUGAGAUGCAUAGUCUUGAGUAUGUUGACUUCAAAGACAACAACAUUGAAGGAUCCAUCCCUCGCAGCUUGGGAAGCUGCAAGAAUCUUAUGACAAUCAACCUUUCUCAAAACAAACUCACUGGUCUGAUACCCCCAGAACUAGGGAAUCUGCAAAGCCUGGGGAAGCUGUAUCUUUCACAUAACCACCUCGAAGGUCCUCUGCCACCUCAGCUAUCUGUCUGUGUGAGAAUUCUGGAGUUUGAUGUCGGUUCCAACUCAUUGAACGGUUCUGUUCCGCCGAGUUUCGGAAGCUGGAGAAGCUUGACUACUUUGGUUCUCAGCGAUAACCGGUUUUCAGGAGCCAUUCCCUCGUUCUUGGCAGAGCUAAUAGAUCUCCGGUUAGCUCGAAAUGGUUUUGGAGGUGAGAUUCCUUCCUCGCUCGGCUUGUUGAAGAAUCUUAAUGGCUUAGACCUCAGUGGGAACGAACUCACCGGUGAGAUUCCAACCACUCUGAGGGGUCUUGUCAGUCUCGUACGGCUCAACAUAUCCAACAAUAAGUUGACAGGGCCUUUAUCAGUUCUUCAAAACCUUAGUUUGUUACAGCUUGAUGUCUCGAAUAAUCAGCUCACGGGUCCAAUACCUGAAAAACUGAUAAAGAACUCAACAACAUUUUUGGGAAACGCAGACCUCUGCAUCAUUCAACCUAAUGUUUACUCAGUGAUGACCCGUAACGAGUUUAAAACUUGCAAAGGACGUCAAGCCAAACUCAGCACUUGGAAGAUUGCACUUAUAGCGGUUGGGUCUUUUCUAUCUGCAUUUGCUUUGGUUUUUUUUGCUCUAGCUUUGGUUUUCCUCUGCUGCAAAAGAGGAGCCAACAAGACAGAAGAUGCUCAUGUCCUCGACGACGAGGAAGAAGAAGGCCUUUCCUUGUUGCUUAACAAAGUUCUCGCAGCCACUGACAAUCUAGACGACAAGUACAUCAUCGGAAGAGGAGCUCAUGGAGUUGUUUACAAAGCCUCGUUAGGGCCAGGCGAUGAAUACGCCGUGAAGAAACUCAUCUUUGCUGCAGAACAUGUACAUACAAACCAAAAUAUGAAGAGGGAGAUCGAGACAAUCGGACUAGUUAGGCAUAGAAAUCUCGUUCGGUUGGAAAGGUUUUGGAUUACGAAAGAAAAUGGCCUGUUGUUGUACAAGUACAUGCGCAAUGGUAGCCUACAUGACGUUCUGCACAGAGGAGGAGGAACCCGUCUUGACUGGUCUGCACGGUUCAACGUAGCCCUUGGGAUCGCACACGGUCUAGCGUAUCUACACCAUGACUGUUAUCCACCAAUCAUCCACCGUGACAUCAAACCAGAGAACAUACUCAUGGACUCAGAGAUGGAGCCUCACAUUGGAGAUUUCGGAUUGGCUAGGAUUCUAGAUGACUCAGCUAUUUCAACAUCCACCAUCACAGGCACCACUGGUUACAUAGCACCAGAAAAUGCAUACAGAACAGUGAGAGGAAAGGAAUCAGAUGUUUAUAGCUACGGGGUUGUUUUGCUCGAGCUGGUCACAGGAAAGAGAGCAGUCGACAGAUCUUUACCUGAGGAGACCGAUCUCGUGAGCUGGGUCAGAUCUGUAUUAAGCAGCUACGAGGAUGAUACUGUUGGUCCAGUCGUUGAUCCAACGCUAGUGGAUGAGCUUAUGGAUGCAAAGCUUAGAGAACAAGCAAUUCUACUUACAGACUUGGCGCUUCAGUGUACUGACAAAAGGCCAGGGAACAGACCGUCCAUGAGAAAUGUUGUGAAAGAGUUGACUGAUGUGAAGGAUCUUGUCACUCUGCAAACAUAUUGACAAAAGAACAUUCACACUGAAUGUUGGACCUGAAAGAUUGAUAGGACGUCAGUUAGUGGGACAAACUUAUUCCGGUGCAAAGUUAAUAGCCUUACAUAAGUGUUUUUUAAAUCCUGAUCCAAUCUGGAUCAGAGGGAUGUGAUGUUGUUAUGUUGGAAAGCUUUGUAGAGAAAAAACAGAGUGAGCUCCACAGCUUUAGCAUUUAGAGCUGUGUCUUUUAACUUGUUUUGUGUGUUUUCAGCUGUAACUUAUAUGGAUGAUCUUUUAGUUUAUGAAAACAAACUUCAAUCA